UUCAACUUUACAGAUAUUUCCGAUAAUGAUCUUACGGGCUCCGAGAGGAUCUCUGCAGCAGUUGAAAUCCUUAUCAACCAGUUGAUCCGUCAGCUAUUCAACUAUAUCCGUCUCAUCAUCAACAAUGGAUCCGUAAUCUUUGGCAUUCCACCUCUAGACCCCUUAUUCUUAGAGGAAUUCCACCUAUACCUUCCAUUGGGACUCGUCAACCUUGAGCUAGACCUGAAGAAUGCCUUGAUGACUGGUAUGGGCGGAUUCGUGGUGCACUCCAGCAGGUUCACGCCGUCGGAUCUGUCCUUCGCGGUGGACAUCUCUGUACCCAGCAUUGUGAUAGAAGCCGAGAGCUACGCUUUGGUUGGAGAUCUGUUAACUGCUAUUCCUCUAUACGGAAAUGGUAAAACAAGAUUCCAAAUUGAUGGUUUCCGCUUCAGUGGAACGUUGCUUCUGAAGCAAUCGGAAGACGGCCGAUCGGUGCUACUCGACAGUGUCAUCAACUCUUCUUACGAGAUUCCUCAUUUCGAGUCUAAGCUGACCGGCGUGAUCGGAGGCGGUAACAUCGACAAGGUAGUGAACGCCAUACUAGAGGACGUGAUCGUCGACUACGCCAACCGCUUCCAGGGCGCCAUCGCCGCCGCCGUGUCGAUCGCGCUACCAGCGGCCGCCAACCCCGUGCUCUCAAAGCUCGACACCUGGAAAUACAUCAAUAGAUUCGUCUAACCUCUCAGCUGCUCUUCAAUAGGACAAGU